CUGACCGCCCGAGGAAAGAGGCGGCGCCGUUCCCUCGCUCCCACUCAGCGGCGCCCGUUUAGGCAACAUGGGGAAGGCGGAAGUGGGGCCUCGGCUCGGCGGCUGGAGCGUUUCGGCCGAAGGAAGGGAGGCGGCUGGGCCACCGCGCUGCUGAGCCUCCGCACGACUCGCCCAUUUCCCGAGGCGUUCUUUCUCUCGCCGCUCCCACCCCCCCCCAAUACCGGGGAUAGCGAGGGAUACCCCCACCCCAAGAAAAGCUGUUACCGGGGAAGGGCGGCCUGGCAGAGCCCCCGGUAGGGCAGGUCCAGUUUACCUCGGCCGGAGCUGGUUCCGUGCCUUCGGCAGACCCAAACUCUUCCCCUCCCCGACGCCCUCCUCGCGUUGUAAAGAGGCGCAGGGUGCUCGGCGAACGGGAUUUGCCGGAGAGGAUGCCGAGGAGUCUUGACAGGUGCUAGCCAGAGCAAGUGCCAAAUUGUCCUGGGGAAAGCGGGGAGGGAGGGUGUAGGGUUGGUUCGUUUUUUUUAAUUUAAAGCCCGUUAGUCUCCGGUCGGCCUUGGGUGUGAGUGAAAAUAAGGGUGGGUAGAGAGGACAAAAUCAAAUAUAUACUGCCCUGUGUAGAGAAGUGUGGAAAAAGCAGGACUAUCUCUAGGAUUGCAGAGGUAUGCUGGAAUUGAACAUUUGGAGAAAAGAAUCUGAAGAAACUUUGGCCAGCUAGGUUAGGGAGCGUGGCCCACUGCCUUUAAUGCUGCUGGAUGAAUAAGAAUCUCAAAAAUGAGAAUUGCUUAGUUCCCUGAAAGGGUUGUGAAAUAUACCUUCUGACCCAGUAUUUUAUUUCUGUGGCUAUUGUUACUCAAAAUCCCUCCCCCCCUUUUGUUACUAUGUUGGCCGAGCAAGCUCAAAAGUGGUUCCCAACUCAUGUGCAGGCCACAGUCCUUCAGGCCAAAGGUCUCAAACCAAAGGGCAAAAGUGGCACUAAUGAUACAUACACUAUCAUACAAUUGGGAAAAGAGAAGUACUCCACUUCGGUGGCAGAGAAGACCCUUGAUCCAAUAUGGAAAGAAGAAGCUUCGUUUGAGCUGCCUGGAUUGCUGAUGGAAGGGAACUCUGAAAAAUACAUUCUCUACCUGAUAGUCAUGCACAGGUCUCUUGUUGGGCUUGAUAAGUUUCUGGGACAAGUGGCAAUUAAUUUAAAUGAUAUUUUUGAGGACAAACUGAGAAGGAAAACAGAAUGGUUUCCCCUCGAGUCUAAACAAGGAAAACGAACUAAAGACAGAGGAGAGAUAAAAGUCAAUAUUCAGUUUGUGAGAAACAACAUGACAGCAAGCAUGUUUGACUUGUCAAUUAAGGACAAAACCAAAUCUCCUUUUGCCAAAUUAAAGGACAAAAUGAAGGGUCGUAAGACAGAUGGGACAUUUUUGGAUACAUCUUCUGCAAUCAUUCCAAGUACUCAUACACCAGAAACUAAUAUAACAUCCCUCAAUGAAUUGCAGUUAAAAUCGAAGCCAAAAAAGCCUUUUCUUUUGGGACCUCAGCGACUCUCUCUGGCUCACUCAAUGUCUGAUCUAACUGGACCUCAGAUAACUUCAGAAAAAAAUAAAUCGGGAACAACUGGCAACUCUUACCUCUUCAGACGUCAGCUUGAGUCUGUUGGUUCUGAGGAUGAAAGUGGAAAUCUAAAAUCUCCACACAGACGGACAUUAAGUGCAGAUACCACUAAAGUGAGUCAACUGGACAACACAGGGGAUGAUAGUGACUCAGCUUUCACAGCUCAGAACGAUCCUUUUACAAAUGUGAGUGCUUCAUUGCCUCAAAAGUUUGCUACAUUGCCAAGACAGAAGAAUCCAUUUGAAGAAAACCCUUUAUCGUGGGAACAAAAUGUGGGUUUAUUUUCGAAACCACCUGAAAUAAAAAAAGAGAACAAGAAAGAGAAAAAGGAGAAGGUUAGUCUCUUUGAAAGAGUGACUGGAAAGAAAGAAGGGAAACGAUCAGAUAGACUUAGCAACGGAGGAUCAGAAGGCUCCUCUGAUUUGAAGUCACCCAGUCCUUUUGCUGAAAGUCAGCAGGGCAGCUUUGUUUUUGAUUCCACUAAUCCCUUUACUACAAACUUCAAGCCAAAAAAUAUGCUGCUAUCUAGUCUUAAUGUGAAUUCCGAAAAUUCUGAAGAAUUUCAAAAAACAAUGGAUGGAAAUCCUUUUGAUGCUGCAACAGGAUAUCGUAAUCUUACUUAUGAAGAGGUUUUACAAGAGUUGAUGAAACACAAAGAACAAUUGAAGAAAAAAGAUACCCACAUUCGUGAACUUGAGGAUUAUAUUGACAAUCUUUUAGUACGAGUAAUGGAAGAAACUCCAAGUAUUCUACGAGUGCCAUAUGAACCUUCUCGGCGAGCUGGCAAAUUUUCAAAAACCUAAGCUAAUGUCAACACUCCUUGGUAUUAAUUAAGAUGAUGGAUCACUUAGUCCAGUGUUUUGAUAUUGUAAAUUUCAUAUUCAUGCUUUGUCCUGAAAGCAUUUGACUCCAAAUUUAAGUUAGUAUUAGUUCUUGAAUCUGUAUAUAAACUCCAGGUUUUAUAAGGUCAAAUGUAAACUCCUUUUGCUGCAAAACAUUCUUUUACCUUGAACAUGUACAUCCAGGUAUGCUUUAUUUUCAAAAUAUUAUGCUUAGUUUGGAUUAUCCUGUACAAUUGUCAUUUAAUAUAUAUACUUGAAUAUUUAUUUUGCACUUCAAUCAAACACUUGGGAGUUUUGCAGCAUGCUGCCAGAAUGAAUGUGCAGAGUCAGAAUGUGUCUUGCAGCUCUUAAUAUGAAGGAAAAUGUGAUGUACUUUAGGAAUCACUACUACCGUAAAUGAGAUGAUAAUACAUUUUUGCCUGAGGAGAGGGACAGUAUUGAUCCUUAGUGUAGAGCAAUGGUUCCCAAACUUGGCAACUUUAAGCAGAGCUGGCUGGAGAAUUCUGGGAGUUGAAGUCCAGAAGUCUUAAAGUUGCCAACUUUGGGAACCACUGGUGUAGAGCGUGAAACAAUUACAUUUGUGCUCUUGAAGAAAUGUGAGCUUUUCAAAUGGCAAAUUCCAUAAUCUAUAUGGAUGGACCAGAGCUUAAUAUACAAAAUACAGCAUGCCAUUGAUUUAAGCAUUUAUAUGCAUAUUUAAAAAGCGGAAAUGAAGCAAAAGGAACUAGUGGAUAAUACCUCAUUUGUUUAGACUAUAAGAAGUAUGGGGAGAAAAGCUGACAGGAACACAAGAGUCUAAAUAUUAAUAUGUCAGCUAUUCAUGUGUGUUUAGGGGUUUGUCUGUAUACACAUAUGCAUAUGCAUAAACAUAUGAAUCAUUUGGGUUCUGCAAUUUUUGAGACAAUAAAUUGAGAUUGACUUGCUUGUUUUCUUCAAUAUAGGAAAUUAUUUUUUAAAAUAGAUUGCAAUUAUUUCAGUACUGUAUUCUGUGUCAGAGUCAAAUAUUGUCCUCUAUUAAAGAACGAUGGACAUAUUUGACUCAGCAUGUCUCCGACUAAAUAAAUUUAUGUGCGUUGUUAUGCAACUAUUUCAAAGUGGUAAAAUGCAAGUCUAAUGGAAAAUAUUGCCAUACAGAAAAUAUUGUUUACUAUAUUGUAAUCAAAAAGUUAUUCCUUUAUUUUACAAAAAUUGAGGCAGAAUGAUUGCUAGUAAGUGCAAAUAGGCUUAGACAUAAGGAGGAUGCAGUGUUAGGAAGAAUGAAAUGAUGUUUUUGUUCAAUUUUCUUCUUGAUUGUGUAAUGAACAUUUUUUUCAUACAUAAACAUAUUAAGGAUUUCUAUAGAGAAGAAUGGAAACUAUUUUUCCUUUUCCAAAAUAAUAAUAAUUUCAAUUCAGAAAGUUUUUUUAUUAUUAUUAUGUAUUACUGAUUAAAGCCCUUUUGUAACUAAAAUAGGUUAGCGUAUUAUCAGAAGGAGCAAGUAUUCCUUGUAUUUUUAAAUUUCCCUACCCAUAUUAAGCAGCAUAUGUACCAUGAAGAGAGCUCCCAUUUGGAUUAUUAGACUUUGGUUUAUUUUUCGAUACAGUUUGGAAUAAACAAGUAACACCUAUUAAGUGGAGAUAGUUUGCAUACAUUUUUCCUCUGUAAUUCCAAUAAGGUACAAAUUCUAUGCUAUGCUUUAUUUGUUAAUGUUAACUUGUGCAUUUAAAAUAGGUGUUUAUUUUCAUAGUUUGUAUAGAAUAUAUUUUAAAAAUCAGUUGGUGAUUGAAAGCUUACAGAUGUUGCAUAGUAACACAUUUAAUGCCUUCCACUUAUAUUAUUUAAAAUCCUGAGCCAAUGACAUUUAAUCUGAGAUUCCGUUAUAUUAAAUUCAUUAGGUCCUUCCUACAUGUGUUCUUCAAAUAUACCAAAUGAAUGUAAACCACUUUAUAUGUUGGAAUUCUUAAUAUUUAACUUUUUAAAACUUUUUAAGUUUUCAAAUUAACUUGGUUAAUCUUAAUGGGAAAUAUCAACAGAGUGGAGUGUAUAGUGUUUAAUUCUUAGAAUUAAAAUAAAGUUCAGCUUUAUGAAGGUUUUUGUUUUUUGUUUUGCUUAAAUUCUUUACUCCUUUUAAUUUCUGCUUGACACAAAAGUGAAUUAAAGGAUACUUUAAAUUUACAAUAGUUAAUUAUAAAAAUCACAAAAGGCAGGUAUAUUAAACGACAUCAUAAAAUAUAUUCAAUGCAAUGUAUAUAAAUAGCAACUCUAUAAUUUAUAUAUUACAUGGCUUAUAUAUUUAUUAAUAUAAUUUAAAUACUCCUUUGUGAUCAACUUCUUAAAUAUCAAUUUCUUUAGGUACAUAAUAACUGAAACUUCAAAUGAGGUACAAGGAUUCCUUUUAUAAAUAUUUUACAGAAGCAAGCACAAAGUAUCAGCUAUAAUAUAAAUUAGCAGGGACUGCCUUUGAAAGCAUAAUUGUUGCAUCUAUAUUUUUUUAACAGUAUAGAAGGCAAUUUUGCUUUAAAUACGAUGUUGGUAAAAUCACAGCCAGUAUUAAUGUAUUUUCAGAGCUUAUUAUUCUCUGCAAAGCAUAUAAUUCAUUAAUUUGUUUAGAAUGUUGUCUCCAAGAAUGUUCCAUACAAAAUAAAUUCUGAAGCAUUGUUUAAAAUCAAAUUACAUCUAUUGAGAUUACCUGAUGGGUAAUAUUGGGAAAGCAUAUAUUUCACACACACUUGCGAUACCUUGCAUGAACAUUAAUUUGAGUUUACUUACCAUUUUUCAGUGAAUAUGGAAUUAUCCAUAAAUUAUAGUUGGCUAAUCUAUUGUUGUUCGCCUUAAAUCAAGGGCUAUUUGUAAUGGUCCAGCUAUGAAAACAUUGCCUGUAUUUUGAAGGCUUUUUCAAUUGGAGUAAUAAUCUUUGUUAAGCUUUUUAAUGACUUCUUCCCUUCUGCCUCCAUUAAAUCUUUUGCUCAGAUUCUUAAAAGAAAUCAAAUGUAUAUCUUAACGUUUUUCCUGCACUGAAUGUUAUUAAUAAUGUGAAAUGGCUAUCUAUCCAAAGGCCUGUGCACAAGUUGUACAUUUGUAGAGUGUUAGGAAUGCAAAUAUAUGUAUUUGAAAACAUGUUUUAAAUAUGUUAAUUUCCUCCUGAUUUAAAAGCAACUGAAGAAAGGCCAAAGCAUUGAUAGGAAGAAAAAGGCAGUAUUAAUUCCAUUAAACUAUUUCUAAACAUGAGAUAUCUUCCCGAUUUCCCUUUUAUGGUUUCCAAUAUAGUUGUAGAUUUCAUUACUGUUAUUAAAAGUUUUUAGUAUGCAACUGCUAUAGCACUUUAUCUUUUGUUUAAAUAAUUUUACAACUGUAACACUAUCACACUCAAAAAGAUUGUUAGCCCAACUAAAUCUUCUAAGCCAAGUAUCAAAAGAAUCUCAAGUACGUAUAUUUCAGUUUAUCAUGAAUGAUGUAUCCAAUUCAUUCAGCAUGGAUGAUUCCAGUUUUUAUGUAUUAGUGUGAUAAAAUGCAUAAACCUGUAUAGCCAUAUAUUAAAUCCCCAAACAGGUCUUGCACAAAGAAAAGUUGAACAACGAUUUUUCUCCACAAAAUGGAAAGUCAUGAUGUAAGUUGCGCCUAUGUGUGUAGAAUUUGAAAAUGCAUGAACCAUCAGUUUUGUUGCAUUUAUAGUCUUCAACACUUUUUAAAAAUAAAAAUUGUAAUCCUAAAUUUUAGAUUUUGUCCCAGUGGUUGCUGCAUGUUAAGCACUAAUAAAAUACCACUGUGUACUCCA